CCCUGGGGCGAGUCCAGUCCGGGCUGACUGCCUGGGGCUGGGGCAGAGUUCCAGGCCUGCGGCCUCAGUCUGGGUCGCCGAGCCUUGCUGCGCCCCGCGGCCCGUGCUGGGAGCGGGUCUUGUGCACUCGCGGUGCCCCUCGGCGGGCUGGGCUCCCGGGGCUGCCAAGCCCCGCACCGUUAGCCGCCUGAGGAGAGUCGCUGGUCUUGGUCGCCGCCAGGGAUAUUUCUUCAUCUUGAAGAUAAAGCAAAAAUCUUUUUUGGAGUAGAUGGAUUUUUGAUAUUUUCUGUGAACUAAAACGAUUCAAUGUCUCUCUUGGAUUGUUUCUGCACUUCACGAACACAAGUUGAAUCACUCAGACCUGAAAAACAGUCUGAAACCAGUAUCCAUCAACACUUGGUUGAUGUGCCAGCCUUUUCCCAAUUGCCUCCAUCCACUAGAGCCAAGGAUGUGAUCUGUUCCACCAACGUUUCUCACUAUGAACUCCAAGUGGAAAUAGGAAGAGGAUUUGACAACUUGACGACUGUCCAUCUUGCCCGUCAUACUCCCACAGGAACACUGGUGACUGUAAAAAUUACAAAUCUGGAAAACUGCACUGAUGAACGCCUUAAAGCUUUACAGAAAGCAGUGAUUCUAUCCCACUUUUUCCGGCACCCCAAUAUUACAACUUAUUGGACUGUUUUCACUGUUGGCAGCUGGCUUUGGGUUAUUUCUCCAUUUAUGGCUUAUGGUUCGGCAAGUCAACUCUUGAAGACUUACUUUCCUGAAGGAAUGAGUGAAACUUUAAUAAGAAACAUUCUCUUUGGAGCAGUGAGAGGGUUGAGCUAUCUGCAUCAAAAUGGCUGUAUUCACAGGAGUAUUAAAGCCAGCCAUAUCCUCAUUUCUGGUGAUGGCCUAGUGACCCUCUCUGGCCUGUCCCACCUGCAUAGUUUGGUUAAGCACGGACAGAGGCAUAGGGCUGUGUAUGAUUUCCCACAGUUCAGCACAUCAGUGCAGCCGUGGCUGAGCCCAGAACUACUGAGACAGGAUUUACACGGAUAUAAUGUAAAGUCAGAUAUUUACAGUGUUGGGAUUACAGCAUGCGAAUUGGCCAGUGGGCAGGUACCUUUCCAGGACAUGCAUAGGACUCAGAUGUUGUUACAGAAACUGAAAGGUCCUCCUUAUAGCCCAUUGGAUGUUAGUAUCUCCAGAAUGAAGAAUUCCCGAUCAGGUGUAGACUCUGGGAUUGGAGAAAGUGUACUUGUCUCCAGUGGAACUCGCACAGGAAAUAGUGACAGAUUGCAAACUCCAUCCUCAAAAACUUUCUCUCCUGCCUUCUUUAGCUUGGUCCAGCUCUGUUUGCAACAAGAUCCUGAGAAAAGACCAUCUGCAAGCAGUUUAUUGUCCCAUGUUUUCUUCAGACAGCCUUAUUUUGAGUUUCUUUAACAGAUGAAAGAAGCAAGCCAGGAUUCAAUACUUUCACUGUUGCCUCCUAAGCCUUCAAUAGCACUGUCUCCAGUGUCACCUUGGACUGAGCCGGAAUGUGAUUUUCCUGAAGAAAAAGACUCAAACUGGGAAUUCUAGGGCUGCCAAAUCAUUUAUGUCCUAGAUACUUGACACUUUCUCCCUGCUGCUUUUCUUCUGUAUUGCUAGGUACAAAUACUAGAAUUUUACUUGAAAAUACAGUUGGUGCACUGGAGAUUGUAUUGUUUAAAACCACUCUGUUCAAAGGAGCAUGAGUUCAUAGCCUCUUUGGUUAACUCAGAGUUCUAGUAUAACUCCAGGAAAACUUCAGAAUAAUGAAUCUAGCUACAUUUGGUGUCAUCUGUUUUCAGUUGUUUUUCCCCAAGCUGUGACUAACUCCCCUCCUUGAUCUUUCAAUAUAAUUUUUGAGCCAGUUAAUUUUUUCAGCAUUUUGUUGCCCUGAGGGGAAUGAACCCUCAGAGGACAAUGCUUCCAAGUAUAUAUUUUUUACUUCCAGAUUCUCUAGCCUUUUUGAUCAGCUGUUGUUAGACCAACAGACUAGUUUAUCCUGGCAUCAAAACCCUUUUUUGACAGAAGGGAAAACGUUUAUACUUUCCCAUUUAGUCUGUUAAUACUUAUGGUAAUAUCAAACUGAGCCUCACAUUAAAUGAUUCACUUGAAAUAUACAGAAAAGUUGUAAUUUGCUUUUUUUUUUCAUUUUUAAGAGGCUAAAGUGACACUUUUCUACUUCUGUAAAUUAUAGAUCCUAAAUUCAUGCACCCCGUGGGAGCUCAAUAAAGAUUUAUUGAACUGA